UGCUUUGUUAAUAUAGAUUUCGUGGAGUUUCCACUCCUAGUUUUCAUAGAAAAAACAAUUUUGCUAACAAACAUAUCAAUAUAAGAGGAUGAUUGGUUGUUGAUGCGGGUGCUGUACACAACACUAUUUAAAUCUACAGCAUAAAUUACAAAGCAAUUAGAUUUUAUUUUAAAAAAAUCUGUUCACAGCAAUUUAGUAAAUUAACGUGGAGAUAAGUGCUUUACAGUUUACACAGCUAAAUAUUCACAGCUCAGAUUUUUGAGCUUUUCAAAACAAAAUGUAAUAUUUCACUUAACUUUUAUUUUUAAAAUAAUAUAAAUAAAAAAAACUCUAACUGUAAAUAUAUAUACGUAGUAGUGAGACUGAAAUGAAAAUGUAUUGUACUCAUCUAUUCUUAUUUUAUUUUAUUUAUUUAAUUUAUAGUUUGAUUGAUGAACCAAUUUCAUGUCAUUAAUUUGAAUAUGAAUUAGUUCACGUUGUAUAUUAUAUUGUUUGUCGUACUAUUAAAAUCCUAUUAAUUUGAGUAUGAACUAUUUUUUCAUACUAAGUUGAGUAUAAACUGAUUUUAUAUAUAUAGUUUCUUGUAUUAGUUUUAGUAUGAACAUAUUUCAUGAACUAGUCUUUAAAUUGAUAUUCAUUAAUUAAUUCAUUUGUCAACAAUAUAUUGGUGCACUAUUUUAUUAUACUAUUGUAUAUGAUUCUAAUGAAAAAUCAUCAAUAUUAAUUAUAAAAAGGAUUGCAAGAUAAUAUUUUAAUGAAUUGAUAGAAUACAUGCGAUUAAUUAAAUAUUUUAUCAAUUUUAUUAUACAAAAUAUGUUUUAUUAAAAAUGUUUAAUCUAUUUUAUGAAAUUUUAUAAUAAUUAUUUUAUUUAUUCAGAAAAAUUAAAAAAUGUUUAAAGUUUAAUAUACCGUUUAAUAUAUGUAUAUAAUAUUUUAUAACUAAUUUAUACCAAUCAUUCUUUAUAAAUAAAACCUACAGCUUAAAUUUUAGAACUAAAAUUCUGCAGCAAUAAAAUCUAUAAUUAUAGCAAAAAGUUUAUUGCUUUAAUUCUACAGCAAAAACUUAAAGUUACGCCAUUUACCGAUCGUUCCUAAGACUUUAUAAUGUUAUACGAUACUUUUACUAUUUUCUGACCCUUGAAUAAGCAAAAAAUAAACAGAAAAGAAAAGUAAAGAGACUUGCAUGUUAUCGAUGUCAUGUUUAGAAAAUCUAGUCGAAUCAUUCUGUUAGGUUUAAUAAUAGAACAUUUCUAACUUCAUUCUAUUUUAAUUCUAAAAUAAAACUUGAAAUAAAAAUGUUCUAACUAUUUUUUCUAUAUAAUGUAAAAUUGGCUUAAUCUAUAAAGUAGAAUAGCUCAUCUAUUUUUGUUAAUCACACUAUUUUAACCUAAAAUAGAGUAACUAAAAUUUAAUUUAUUUUAAAGAAAAAAAUAGAGAGAUAAAAUAAACCAUACCAAAUUUUUACAAACUCGGAUUAGUCGUCUGCGAGUCUACUUUAGACUUUUUCUGUUUUUCUUUUAUUAAAUAACGAAUCAAAGGAUGUAUGCUCUCUUUGUCCAAAAAAAAAAAAAAAAAAAAAAAAGAAAGAAAGAAAGGAUGUAUGCUCUCUCUCUGAUAUUUAGGAUUUUAGUAGGAGUUUCAAUGUGUAUCCUUACUUGUACUCUGUUAUAUCAAUGAAACUUUCAGAUGAAGAAAAAAAAUAACGAAUCAAAGGAAUAUUCAUUCAUCAUUUUAUUCAUUUUCUACGGAUUUUGUUUUAGAGAGAAAAAAAAACAAAGAAAACGAAAUUCUAGACCAACCACAACAACUUUCCUGACCCAAAUAGAUAAACAAAAAUAAAAUAUCAAUAUUGUCAUGAAGCCAACAACAAAAGUAGUAAUAAAAUAAAUAGAUGCGACAGUAACACACAAACAACGAGACAGAGACGUGAUCAGCCACGACGGCGGAGGCCAAGACUAGUCCCAACGAUCAGCUACUUUGACAUUUCACGGCGGCUGAGAUUUCAGCUUCUCUCUCUCUGUGUUUAUCUAAUCAUGGUGAUCGCUGCGGCUGCUUCUUCUUUUUCCCUUGGUCCAUCUCAUUGCCAUCACUCUUACACGGAUGACUUCACUUCCUCCUUGCCUUACAAAAGACACCGCAGCGCAAGAAACCGUGUCUUUGAUCCAUGUGCCUCUGCUAAUCUCUCUGUUUUAAGUUCCAGAUGCAAGGUUCCUUUAUUUGGAUCAGCAUUUCAUGUAUCAACCGGUGGACAUGACCUUGGCCUCACUAAGGUUUCCGUUGCUGCUGAUUAUUCUGAUUCGGUUCCUGAUUCAUCUCUCUACGGCUAUCAUCCUCUGGAAGAACUGAAGCCCUGCAAAAGAGUGCGGCAGACAAAACUCUCUCCUGCUGAAGUAGCUAGGACUACCGUCGAGGCUUACACCAGUGCUGUGUUGGUGUUUCCUGGAGCAAUUCACUGUGAACCACACGGUCAGAACUCAUGGUCCGAGUUUAAGUAUGUCAUUGAUGAUUAUGGAGAUAUCUUUUUCGAGAUUCCUUAUGAUGGAAACAUCUUAGAAGAUCCUGGAGCUAGUAAUCCAGUGAAAGCCUUUAUUGGAAUGGAUGUCCCACGAUACGAAAACGCAUGGCUCCAUGAGGAAUAUAACAUAUCUGAAAUGGGUAAUCUUGACCAAAUCAUUUUUGAUGAGCAUUAUUUCGAGAUAAUGGAUUCUGAAGCUAGAGAUGUUCCAGUAGAUUGGGGAAUGCCUGACACUUCCAACGGGGUUCAUCCUAUUUACUUUGCUAAACACAUGUCCAAGGCCAUCAGCAUGGACUAUGAGAAGAAAAUGGACUGUCCAUCUAAUGGUGUAUCCAUCCUCGGAUGCCUUAGACCCGCUUUCCUCGACGAGGAAUCCUAUAUAAGAAGAUUGUUUCUCUCGGAAGAUAGAGAUGACUAUAGCUGGGAGGUUCAAGGUGAUGAUAAUACAAGCACUAGUUCCAGACGAGAUGAGGACGAUAUGACUUCAAGUGUAUAUAGAUUAGAGAUUGUGGGAAUAGAGCUUCUCUCCCUCUAUGGAACAGAGUCUUCUAUAAGUUUGCAAGAUUUUCAAGAUGCUGAACCAGACGUCCUAGUGCACUCUACUUCUGCAAUCAUAGAGCGUUUCAACAACAGAGGGAUUAGUUCAGGGAUUGCCCUUAAAGCUCUCUGCAAAAAGAAAGGUCUUCAUGCAGAGGAAGCUAACCUGAUCAGUGUAGAUAGCCUUGGUAUGGAUGUGAGAGUUUUUGCUGGUGCACAAGUCCAAACUCACCGUUUCCCUUUCAAAACCAGGGCUACAACAGAGAUGGCAGCAGAGAAGAAGAUCCACCAGCUACUGUUCCCUCCUUCACGGAGAAGGAAACUGAAGUCUAACGACAAGAGUUUGAAGGACGCAUACCGUUAAAAACACAUUAUCAAAACCACCAAACCAAGAAACAGAGAAGGAGCUAUUUUGCCACUGGAUCUGUCUGGUGCUUACACGAGUUCUUUGCUCUGACGUUUGUGUACAUAGAGAUGAGGUUUCAAGUGACUGUACUAGAGCUGUGUGGAGAUGCAGCUUCUUAUACUUGUAGUAGUAAGUUAAAUAAAAAUAUAAGAAUAAACAGAAGUUGAUACAUUUGAAGUAACUUCUAUAAAAACCUUUUUCCACUCUUUA